AUGCCUUUACCAGGUGGGCCGUCCCAUCCCCAUCCCUUGCAGCAGAUCAAAUCCGACCCGGAUGCUGAUGUCCUGGCAGGGCACACCCCACCUCAGCAGCAGCAGCAGGCGCAGCAAGGGGGGCUAGUUGGGGCCGAGCACAACCAGCAGCAGCGACAAUACAAGCCAGGGUCACCCCCCCCCACCUGUAGCAGCACCUGGAGCAGCACCCGGCGCAAAUGCAAAAGCAGAAGCUGGAGCAGGAGGGGCAGCGGACGAGCCCUCUUCUCUGUCGGGCAGUGCGGCACCGUACGCAGCAGCAUCGGCCUUCAUCGCCCCCCCUCGUCGGGCCUCUAUGAGCCCGACACCAGCAAGACGUCAGGGGCGCCGGGCUUAGCCGGGGAGGGUGAGGCUAGGGAAGGUGUGGCUAAGGGUGUGAUGGAGGUGAAAGCGGAGGGUGGGGAGGGGGGUGCAAAGGCGGUGGAGGAGAGGGAGGAGGAGGAUCCUAUGGCUAGACUUUGCCGAGUGAUGGACGCCUCAUUGGCCAAUGACCGCCGCGAUCUGCUCGUAGCAGCCGCCCACAAGCAAGCCGUGCUCGCAUGCUCCGACCGACUAGCCACGUCAGCACCGCUCGCCGGCUCCAGAGGCACGCUGGGCGAGGACCUAUCAGCAACCGCCAGCUCACGCCUGCUCGCUGACUGGAUGGCCCUCAACUCCCUCACCUUCCCGGCAGCUUCCUCCUCUUGGUCCCCAGGGGGUAGGGAGGUCCCAAGGGAGAUUCCCGUGCUAUCAGCGUCCCAGUCCCAGCAGCAACACCCGGGGGGGUCUGGGCCGCAUGGGCAAGGGUCGAGUCCCCUUGCUGCUGCCGCUACUGGCAUUGGUGCUGAUGCUGCCUUUGCUCCUGCUGGUGCUACAGGUGCUGGCAGUGCAAGUGCAGGUAGUGGGUGGGGCAGCAGGUGGGUGGUAUCGGUGACGGCAAGUGUGGUGGACCAUGAGGGCACCGUCACCAGCAGCGCUGUGCAUGCCGCCACAGGGGCGCACGUGAGAGUGGCUUUAAGUGCUGCUGGUGGCCAUGGGGAAGGGCAGGGCGGGAGUAGCGGUGGUGCUGUGGGAGGUGGGGAGGUGGGGGAAGAGAGGACGUGGGGAUUGUAUGAGGAAGACACAGAGGAGGAAGAGAAGGAAGAGGAGGAGGAAGAGGAGGAGGAGGAGGAGGAGGAGGAGGAGGAGGAGGAGGAGUGGGAGGAAGAGGAGGAGUGGGCAAGGAUGGCGUGGCAGUGGGCGUUCCCUUCCCUCCCCUCCGCCUGCUCGUCCCCGGCUCCUACCCGCACUGCUCGCCCCAGCCAUGGCCCUUCCAAGCCCACCCACACGCCAGUGCCUAGUGGUUCCCAGUGGUUUCAAGUAGUCCCCAGUGUUUCCCAGGUGUCUCCAUUCAGUUUGAACAUUGAUCAACACACUUCAUGCCCACCCCUUGUCUUAACACCAUCCGAACCUCGCCCAUCCUCCAUCACUCUUAUCCCACUUCCAACCUUCUCCCCGCCUCGCCCCUUCCCCCUUCCCUGUCACUCGCCAAGAGGAUUAGUAAGAUCCGCCGUGGUUCAAGACGCCAUGGGCCGGUUUACCAGGGCCAUGCGCGCUGCCAAGGGCCCUCUCACACUCACAGCCAUGGUGAGGGCGUGGAACAAGCAUGCACGGGCGGCAGUCAUGCAAGUGCUUGCGGCAUCUGCUCCCCCGAAUGUGUGCUGGCAUGCUGUGGUUGGCCCGUGGCACGAGUGUGCUGCUGACGUGGCACAUGGCUAG